UUGAGUCACCGAUUCAACCAACCUGUGCCGGCGGACUCGGCAUCUGCGACGACCGCGUGACAAACUCUCUCCCGUCUCCUUCCCAAACCCAAGCCACCUGUCCCUUCCCAAAUCCCGAUCGAAGCCCUAAGAAUCAAUCCCGAUUCGUUUCAAGAAACCAUAAUUGAAGUUGUAUUGCGACCCUUGCAACCGAUCUUUCGAGUUGGAGGAGGAGGAGGAGGAGGAGGGGCAGGAAUCGAUGGCGAGGAAGCCUAGCAGCAGCAGCUGCUGCACCAUCUGCGAGGGUUCCAAUCUGUCUUCCAUCUGCGCGUCGUGCGUUAAUUACAGAUUGAAUGAGUACAGCGUGUUGUUACGAUCGCUGACGAAUAUCCGGGAAUCCCUUUAUUCCAGGCUGAACGAUGAACUGGCGGAGAAGAGGAAAGCAACUCACCAAAGUAAUUGGAGAGUGACACACAAUGAGAAAAUCAGGAAGUUGAAGGAACAUCUAACCUGCUCGAAGAGGCAACUUGUAGAAGUGAAUGCUAAGGUUGUGGAAGCAUCAAACAAUUUGAAGUUGAGAUUUGACUCACUGGAUUCAGCUUUUGCAACAAUCAAGAACCAUAUGGGUUCGUUGGAUAAAUUGAAUAGUGAUCUUAUUUACAGCCAGUGCUUAGCCUAUAUGGCAAUCACGUCUGAACGUCUUCACAAACAGUCGAUGGUUAUAAGACAAAUCUGCAGGCUCUUCCCAAUGCGCCGGGUGAAUUUAGAUGGAGCAAAGGAUGGAUCAAAUGGUCCAUAUGACCAAAUUUGCAAUGCACGUUUACCCAGAGGACUUGAUCCACAUUCUGUUCCAUCUGAAGAGCUUGCAGCUUCCUUGGGGUACAUGGUCCAACUGUUAAAUCUUGUUGUCCCAAAUUUGGCUGCUCCAGUACUCCAUAAUUCAGGUUUUGCGGGUUCCUGCUCACUCGUAUGGCAACGAGAUUCAUAUUGGGAUGCCCGACCGUCCUCGCAGAGCAAGGAGUAUCCACUUUUCAUAUCACGACAGAAUUUCUGCCCUUCCAUUGUGGAAGAAAGUUCCUCUAACUAUGAUCUCUCUUCAAUGGAAUCAGAAAGAAAACCUUAUUUAGACACUUCCAGAAGUGGUAGCUUCAGUUAUUCCUGUGCCUCUCCACAUUCUCUGGAGACUCACAUGGAUCUGCAGAAAGGGAUAUCACUUCUCAAGAAAAGUGUGGCAUGCAUUACAACAUGCUGCUACAAUUCCUUAUGCCUGGAUGUGCCUUCUGAAGCAUCUACUUUUGAAGCAUUUGCAAAAUUAUUGGUUGCUUUAUCUUCUUCAAGGGAACUACAGUCAACAAGAAAUUCAUUGAAGAUGGCAUGCUCAAGGCCAGCAAAGCAAGCUCAUCAACUGAACAGAUCGGUGUGGGAUGAAAAUUCGAGGGUUCCAUCGAGCAGCUUCAUGGGGAGCAUGCAGACAACGGAAUCGUCGAACUCCGAUGCAAGCUUCGACUACUCUGCCGAGGUGACCGCGUCUGUGAACUCUGAAAGCCUUGUGGAAGGAUGGGACAUCGUGGAACAUCCUCGGCUUCCCCCACCGCAGUCGCAGGUUGAUGCCUCCUGCAACACAAUCUUCAGGUGAUGCGGCUGCAUUCAUUCUUUUGUAUGCACAAAGGAAUUGUCUAACCUUAUACAUUGUCAAUAGCAACUGAAUACAAUCACAUC